CAAUCUUAUGAAUGUACACAAAAUCAGCAGCCAGUUCUCUGUUUUGUAUGUUGUCUUUCGUUUUUGGAGAAAGUUUUGAUAGUUAAUCCUGCGUAGAAAUAAUAUUAAUUAUUAAACGUAAUUUUAAGCAAGAAAUCAAAUCUUUCGAUAUAGACGGCAGAUGUAAUGCCUAACAAGAACAAACGGCGACGGGAAGAUGUUGUCGAUAAUACCACGAAUAUUGUCAAAGUGGGAGGAGAAAGUGAUAAUGCUGAAGAGCUAGUAGCAUUAAAUAUUAAGGACGAUGGUAAUAAUCAGUCGUCGUCAGUUGGAGAUAUGGACGAUUUUUUCUCCACCAGGCCACACCCUCUACUAAUUCCUCAUAUAAUCGAACUCGUAUUUGAUUACUUGUUCCUCCCCCAAAUAAAUCGCAACAUUCCUGACGUCCGAUCUGUUCGGUUGGUGUCACGAACGUGGAACGUUAUUGCAACUAAACUUUACCGAAGAAAUUCAGAAGAUCUUGUCUUUGGUGAACAGCACGGGUCCGAUUCGAAGAGAAUGCGCAAAUUCCUCAGAGAUAUGCACCACAGUUUUGACAAUCCGAUCGAAACAUACCGUUUUGACCCUGGAUUCUUUACCCAGAGAAACGAAUUCCUCUUCAAAAACUUUCUAUAUUCUUCUACACAGUGGAUUGUAACCCUCAAAAUGUGGUUUGACAACCAAAGUGACCUCCGCUUUCGGAAACGGUGCUACGCCUCGUUAAAAUUGGACUGUUUAAAUUAUCUCUUUUUCGGCUGUGUUAACUAUAGAGGAACCUGUUCCGCAGAACGGAUGGAACUAACGUACGCUCUGGAUGCCUUACUCGUGGCGGCCACAAGACUGAAAAAAUUUUGUUUUUCAUUUCCUCCAAAGGAUAUUAAAUCCCAGCAGGGGAUGAUUAAACGGUUUGGAGACCUCGUGUCCUCAAAAUGCCCAAAGUCAGUGACCAACUUAAAGUUGGAGAUGAAGUUGACGGAUGCGCAGGUCGACGCGCUAAAGGAUAUUGGACUCUCGUUGGACGUUUUGCACUGCGACUUCAGAGGAUCAAUUUUGAGUUCUAACGUCCUCUUUAACUUGUUUCAGCAGCAGGAAUCCUCUCUUCAAGAGAUUCGGCUGCUUGACUCGGAAAUUAAGUACGCAUAUGAGCUAAAAUUUCCCCGAUUUAAGAAGCUGACAGUGUUAGAAAUUCAAGGGGGGUCAAUUUCAAAAUUCUCCUUUAAAGACAACUUCCCCGUCCUGGAGAGACUAUUAUUAUUUGGCUGGGAGAACGAGAAAACGAAUAAUUUAAUGCUACAGAGUACGACGCCCUGCACAACGUUGACAAGUUUGGAGUUACCCUACAAAAUCCAUGACCAGAAUAUUAUAAAUCUCGCAACAAAGUGCUUUCCGAACUUGAAAAAGUUGGAGAUUACCCCCACACAGGAGGGGAUGGGGGUUUUGGCGAGUGUCUUUGCUAAUUUGGUUCAACUGGAAGAAUUAGAGAUUACAUUUCCGUUCAUUAUUGACGUUGAGAUGAAUGUCGACCCCGUCUUUACUGGAAUGUCAUUAGACGAUUGUGAGUUUUUGAGUCGGUGUACAUUUCCCGGAAAUCUGGAGACGGUGAAUUAUUCAUACCUCCAAGCAAGCCCAUCAAUAGCCAAUUUGUCAAAACUUAAGAAACUGACAAUACUUGACCAUUCGAACGAAAUUCGUCUCACGGACCUCACAGCAUAUUUUGGCCUUUUGCGAUUGGCGAGUCUCGAAGUCUUGGAAAUGAGCCGGUUUAACAUUUCGUCCGAGAUUUUCCAAGUUUUAAAAGAGAAAGUACAUCUCUGCGAAAAUUACGAUUCGUCAGAUUCAUGUUCCGAUGCGACUUUUAGUUCCGAUAGUUCUUGCGACUUGGACCAGUUGGAAUUCAAUAUUUCGGAGGAGGAUGAAACUCUCUAAUAAUUAUAUUUAACUGACGCAUAUUGAUUUUGAAAUUUAAGUCUGCGUAUACAUACUUAAGUCAUAAGCAAUAUUUAACAGAAGUGUAUACAUAAAGUCGUGUUUAAUAUUUGAUAUUUUUAUGUUAAUAACUACGGAAUAAAUUCAUAUUCAUCUUUCUACAUUACAAUGA